AUGUCUGAAAUAAUCACCGUUUUUGGUGCCACUGGCAAUCAAGGUGGCUCCGUUGUUGAUGCCAUCUUGAACGAUCCGGCUUUAUCUUCACGCUACAUGAUCCGCGCUGUUACGCGAGAUGCCUCUAAGCCCUCUGCAAAGGAGCUUGCUGCCAAGGCCGGAGUCGAAGUUGUCACAGCCGACUUGUCAUCUUCCGCAUCGCUCCACAAUGUCAUCUCCGGCGCGCAUACCGUCUUUCUCGUAACAGACUUUUGGCAACAAAUGUCCCUUCCCGCAGAAGUCCAACAAGGCAAAAACGUAACUGAUGCCUGCAAAACCGCCGGCGUUCAGCACCUCAUAUUUUCGAGUCUAAUAGAUGCCAAGGAAGCCAGCAAGGGUAGCCUUGCACAUGUCUACCAUUUCGAUGGUAAAGCUGAGAUUGAGCGAUAUAUUCGUGACUCAGGCAUUCCGGCGACGUUUGUCUUGGCUGGGACGUUUGCGAGUGAGAUGCAUCGCUUGAUCAAUUGGCAGGGGGAUAAGUACGUGCUUGCGUUGCCGGUGGACGAGGAUGCUCAAAUCCCGUUGAUUGAUAUACGACAGGAUAUGGGUCUAUUCGUCAAAGCCGCUAUCAAAAAUCGAUCAUCCGUACUGGGCCAGAGAAUAUAUGCGUCCGCCGCAUACUACACCCCUCAGCAAAUCGUUGACGAAUUUUCGGCUGUGAUUGGAAAGCCCGCUGUUUACGUGAAGAUUCCUGAAGAAGUCUUCAAGUCGUUCCUUCCACACGAGAAAGCGCAGGAGAUAUAUGAAACUGUCAUGUUAUUUCAGAAAGAUGUGGGUUACUAUGCCGGGGCAGAUCUGGCAGAUAGUUUGAAGCUUUUGGGUGAUGAAGAGCCAGCGCAGUGGAAGGCUUAUGCUGCGAAGAAUUUGGAGCAGUGGCUAUAA